AGGUCUGCCACGAAGCUGCUAUUCUAUUUAUGCAUGAUUUGGGAUCCACUGGAAGGCCCAGGAAGAUUCGGAAAAAUACUUGCGAUUGGAGAAAAUCUCAAUAAACAAGCAUCGAUUAUGAAAAAGCUGGACAAGACCAUUAAACAAAAAAAUUUGGGUAUUUAUAUCCCAAAAGUUUUGCGGGAGCCCUGUAAUAUCAAAUAG